AGAUUCCCGAGGCUGUUCCUGUCUGCACGCUGCUCGUGGGGUCUUUGGGGUUGGAUUGCGGGUCCCUGAAGCUAAUGUUUAGAGAGUUUUGAGAAGAGAAUCCAGGGUCAAGCCACAACAGUUCUCUCCUUAAUCCACUCAUUCCCUCUUCUUCCCGCUAAGCUGCCAGAGUGUGCUAUGCAUUUCCAAGAGCAACAGAAGAUGGAUAAGUCUCCGGAAUUGGUGUCAUUUGAGGAUGUGGUUGUGGACUUCACCUGGGAGGAAUGGCGGGACUUGAAUGAUGCUCAGAGGACUUUGUACAGGGAUGUGAUGCUGGAGACCUACAGCAGCCUGGUGUCAUUGGGACACUGCAUUAGUAAACCUGAGGUGAUCCUCAAGUUGGAGAAAGGAGCAGAGCCAUGGAGUAUAGAAGAACACCCAAACCAGAGCCUCCCAGAUGUCCAGAUAGUCAAUGACCUAACUGAGAGGAGCCAAGAAAGUCAUAGUAGAUACUUGUGGCAAGGUGUAAUGAUCAGUGGCAACCGAUCAACUGAGGAGAGAGUGGAGUUAGGAAAAUCUUUUAAUUUGAGUUCAAAGCAUAUUUUAAAUCUGGUUAUAAAUAAUGGAAACUAUUCAGGAGUAGGGUAUGAGGAGUUUAACGUAUGUGAGAAUGCACUUCUUCCAGAGACUGAUUCCAUGUGUGCUGGAGAGAAACCUGAUGACCAUAAUAUAUCAGAGAAAUCACAGAGACAUUAUGAGCAUCUUAGUCAGCAUCUCAAGAUUCCAACUGUGCAACCUGUUGAAUAUAGCGGAAAAGGAAAAUCCUCCAACACAGUGCCAAUAAUAUUUACAUGUAAGAAGAUUCAUAUGGGUGAGACCACCUGUAAAUAUAGUGAAUAUGGGAAUGCCUGUAAUAAGUCAGCUGUCAUUGCCCAAGAGAUAACUCAGGUAGGGAAAAAAAUUUUUCAAUGUGAUGUAUGUCGGCAAAUACUCCAUAAAAAGGAUAAACUUAUUCAACAUCAGAGUAUAUACACAGGAGAGAAACAUGAUAAAUACAGUGAAUGUCAGAAAUCUUUUAUUAAGAAAUCAUACCUGAUAUCGUAUCAUGGAAUAUAUAUAGGGAAUAAGCUUUAUCCAUGUAAUGAACAGGAGAAAUUUUUCUAUCAGACUUCAGACCUUACUGUGCCUCACAGAAUUCACACAAAGGAAAUGUGCUAUGGAUUUAACUGUGGCAAAAAUUUUCAUGAGAAUUUGCUUCUGAACUGUCAUCAGACAAUUCACACAAAUGAAAAACCAUGUGAAUGUAAUGGAUGUAGAAAAUCUUCCUACAGUAAUUCUGCUCUUACCAUUUAUCAGACAACUCACAUGAAUGAGAAUCCAUAUGAAUGUGAAGAAUGUCAAAUUUUCUCCAGUAAGUCAGAACCCCAGAAGCAUGAGAGAAUUCACACUGGUGAGAAACCCUUUGACUGUAAUGCAUGUGGAAAAAGCUUUCACCAGAACUCAAACUUCAGCAAGCAUAAGAAAAUUUAUAAGGAAUGUGGAAAAGAUUUUAACCAAAAGUCAAACCUGAUGAGACAUCAGGGAAUUCACACAGAUGAGUACUCAUAUAAAUGUAAUGAAUGUGGAAAAGCUUUUAACCGAAAGUCAGCCCUCAACAAGCAUCAAAGAAUUCACACAGGUGAGAAACCAUAUGAAUGUAAAGAAUGUGGAAAAGCUUUUAACCAAAAGUCAAACCUCAGCAUGCAUCAGAGAAUUCACACAGGUGAGAAACCAUAUGAAUGUAAAGAAUGUGGGAAAUCUUUUAACCAAAAGCCAGCUCUGAACAGCCAUCAGCGAAUGCACACAGGUGAGACACCAUAUGAAUGUAAAGAAUGUGGAAAGGCUUUUAAACACAAGUCAGUGCUCAGCUUGCAUCACAGAAAUCACACAGGUGAGAAACCAUAUGAAUGUAAAGAAUGUGGAAAAGCUUUUAGCCAAAAGUCUAUCUUCAGUAGGCAUCAGAUAAUUCACACAGGUGAGAAGCCAUAUGAAUGUAAAGAAUGUGGAAAGUCUUUUAACCGCAAGUCUGUCCUCAGCAUGCAUGAAAGAAUUCACACAGGUGAGAAACCAUAUGAAUGUAAAGAAUGUGGAAAAGCAUUUAACCGAAAAUCAGCCAUCAACAAGCAUCAUAGAAUUCACACAGGUGAGAAACCAUAUGAAUGUGAAGAAUGUGGAAAAGCUUUUAACCAAAAGUCACACCUCAGCAUGCAUCAGAGAAUUCACACAGGUGAGAAACCAUAUGAAUGUAAAGAAUGUGGAAAAGCUUUUAACCGAAAGUCAGACCUCAAAAGUCAUCAGACAAUUCACACAGGUGAGAAACCACAUAAAUGUAAAGAAUGUGGAAGAGCUUUUAACCAAAAGUCAAAACUCACCAUGCAUCAGAGAAUUCACACAGGUGAGAAACCAUAUGAAUGUAAAGAAUGUGGAAAAGCUUUUAACCGAAAGUCAUACCUCAGUAGUCAUCAGACAACUCACACAGGUGAGAAACCAUAUAAAUGUAAAGAAUGUGAAAAAGCUUUUAACCACAAGUCACAGCUCAGCAUGCAUCAGAGAGUUCACACAGGUGAGAAACCGUAUGAAUGUAAAGAAUGUGGGAAAGCUUUUAACCAAAAGCCAGCCCUCAACAACCAUCAGAGAAUUCACAAAAGCAAGACACCAUAUGAAUGUAAAGAAUGUUCAAAAGCUUUUAAAGAAAUGUCGGCCUUCAGCAUGCAUCUGAGAACUCACCCAGGUGAUAAGCCCUGUGAAUGUAAUGGAUAUUGAAAAACCUUUAACCAAAAGUCAUACUUCGGGAUGUAUCAGAGAGCUCACACAGGACAAAAACCUUAUGAAUAUAAAGAAUGUGGAAAAGUUUUUAACCAAAAGUCAGACCUCAGCAUCAAUCAGAAUUCACACAGGCGAGAAACCAUAUGAAUGUAAGGAAUGUGGAAAAGCUUAUAACUGAAAGUCAAACCUCAGCAUGCAUCAGAGAAUUCACAGGUGAGAAGCCCUGUGAAUGUAAUGAAUGUGGAAAAAGUUUUUUUUGUUUUUUUACAAAGUCAGUUUAGAAGACAUCAGGAUACUCAGGAAAAAACUCCUCAUGAAUGUAGUAUGACAAGCCUUGCACUGGAACCCCCUGUAACACAAGAAAGAAUUCAUACAAAGGAAAACCUUAGUGAAUGUAAUUUGUGUGGGAGAAGAUUUUGCCAGAAGUCAUACCUCAACACAUCAGAGAACUUACAUCAGGAAGACCUAUAAAUAUACAAUUUUCCUCAGGUUUUGGAGAUUGUUUUGAGGACUCCUAUUGAUAUAAAAAUUUGCUGAUGCUCAAGUCCUUUCUAUAAAUGGUGUAGUGUUUAUGUAUUAUCAAUUCAUUUCCCGCCAUGUGCUUUACAUCUUGUGUAGCUUAUAAUACUGGAGAAACUGUGAAUACUGUGUAAAUAGUUAUACUGUGUUGUUUUUCAGUUGUGGAUUUGUUUCAUUUAUUUAUCAUUUUCAUUAUUUUUGAGGAUUUUUGAUAAGUAGUUGGUUGAAUCACCAGAUGUGUAACCCUCAGAUGUGGAAGGAGGACUGUAAUGAGUGUGGAAACAUCUUUUCUCCAAAGUCUCAAGGCUGGCUAUCAUUAAUGCGUUGUUGCUUAUAGCAUUGUGCUCAUAACACAUAGGAUCCCCUUACCAGCCACUCUCAAAUAAAUAAAUAAAUAAAUAAACAUAAAAAAGGAAUCACAUCAUAGCAGGCAUUAGAGAAUUUACCCAGGGAGAAAUUCUUUAUGGAUUAGACUGGCUGUGUUUUCUAAAUAAAACCACUCUUUUCUCUUGUAUGCAUAGCCUGCAAUCUGAGCAUUCCAUAUUGCGUGGAUGACCAUGUAAUUAACCCUCUUCAGGGGAAUGUAGAUAUUAGGAAUGAACAUUACUUCCAGUUCAUGCACCAAAAUAAAAGCUUCCGUGUAGUUCCUGAUUUCUCAAUAUCUCUGGGACUGAAUGAAGAUGACUCUUGGGUGGAGUUUUGGACAGACUCUUUGGUAUUGUGUCUAUAUGUGCAUACCUGUAAAUUUAAGUUGUUUUAUAAUGUUGUCCAAUACUUCUAUACCCUUGGCAAUCUUUUGCCUAGUUGUUCUAUAGAUUAUCGAAAGUUGCACUUGAUGUAUCUGAAUAUUUACAUAGAACAGUCUAUUUCACCCUUAAUUUCUUCGCUAUUUUUAUUUGAUGUUAGGCUUAUUUGGUGCAUUUAUACCUAUAAUUGCUAUGGUGUGCUCCUGGCUGACACUUUUGUCAUAAAUGACCCUUUUUAUUCCUAGUAACAUUUUUGUUUUAAUUUUGUUUGUUUAAUAUUAGUAUGGCCAGCCGGUGUAUCUGUGUUAUGGUUCUGUUUACAUUGUAUAUCUUUUCCUGCCCAUUAACUUUCAACCUGUUGGUAUCUUUGAAUUUAAUGUGUUUCUC